UCUGAGCGUCUGCAUCAGUACGUCAGCCAUUUGAAGCAGCAGCAUCGCGGUACAGUGAUCGCGGUCUCAUGUAAGUUUGUGGCUGCUAAGAUCGCCAGCGUUUACUCGAUGACGGGUCUUACGACUGGCACGAAGCCAUGACUAAAAACUCAAGCCCACCUCGGAAUGCCUGCACCGUGGGUUCAGCAGCCUGUUAUGUCCUGACGGCCACCGUGCUCGUCGGGUGCGCCUUGCUGCUGCUCUCGCCUUUCGAGAGGCGGAAACUGGAGACCGAAUUCAUUCCGCGGUUUCUAGAAUCAUCUCCUCGUGUCGUCGUACCGUCAAGCAGCCCGUUGGCGGAGCCGAGGAUUGAAUCUUGUUCGUACUACACGUGCUUCGACGUCUACAGAUGUGGCUACAGGCAUGAUCAGGCCACGGUGUACGUCUACCCGAUAUUCAACUACGUCGACGAACACGGGAAGGAACUGACUCACCAUGCGUCCCGAGAAUUCAUGGCACUCUUGGAAGCUGUCCGGCAGUCCAGAUUCUACACCUCUGAUCCUUCCAAGGCCUGCCUCUUUAUUCCUUCGCUGGACCUACUGAAUCAAGAUAGCCUCAACCUGAAUGCAGUUUCACAGAUACUGAACUCUCUGCCACACUGGGACAAUGGCACCAACCACCUGCUCUUCAACAUGCUGCCCGGAAUGCUGCCGAGCUAUGAAACGUCACUCGAAGUCAACACUGCUCAGGCUAUGGUGGCAGGCGGUGGCUUCGAUUCGUGGACUUUCCGCAGGUCCCACGACAUCAGCAUUCCAGUCUUCAAUCCAGCCAUGUAUCACCUUGACCCAUCGCUUGCGAGAAGGUCCGACAGGCCAUGGUUGCUGAUAUCGGCCCAGCCGGGCAUUCACUUUGAAUUCCGCUCUGUGACGGCGUCGUUGGCCAAGAUGCACCACGACGUGUUGAAUCUCACCAGCUGUGGCCGUGCCUCGAGCGGCAACAGCAACAGCUUGCGUUGCCGCGGCAACAGACACUACAAAUACCCAGACAUCCUGACGGAGGGCAAAUUCUGCCUCGUCAUUCGAGCGGCCAGGCUUGGCCAGAUGGCGCUCUCCGAUUCGCUCUCGGCCGGCUGUAUUCCUGUUGUGGUCGCGGACGAGUACGUGCUGCCUUUCUCGGAGGUUCUCGACUGGAAAAGAGCUGCCGUACGAAUCCGCGAAGAUGAGCUGGAAGAUGUUGUCGGCAUUCUGAAGGACUUCUCAGAGGCCAGGGUUUCGGAGAUGAGGUCCCAGGCUUUGCUGUUUUGGGAGCGCUACUUCAGCAGUAUGGAACGGAUCGCCAUGACAACGCUGGAGGUUGUCAAUGACCGCCUGUUCCCCCACGUUGCCAAGGGUUACGAAGAUUGGAAUGAUUUGCCACCUGGGCUUGUGCCGCCAGCGCCUUUCGCCAUACCAUUUGUGGCCCCACGGAGUCGUGGCUUCACUGCCGUGGUGCUCACCUACGACCGGGUCAACAGCCUCUUCAAGGUCGUCCAGCAGCUGACGCAAGUGCCCAGCCUGGUCAAGGUCGUCGUGGUCUGGAACAACCAACGGAAAUCGCCACCCCCCGCGUCUGCCUGGCCAAAACUGAGCAAGCCAUUGAAGGUGAUAAGGACCAAGGCCAAUAAGCUAAGCAACCGCUUCUACCCGUACAAGGACAUUGAGACAGAAGCUGUACUCGCAAUCGAUGACGACAUCCUGAUGCUCACCUCUGACGAACUGGAAUUCGGAUUUGAGGUCUGGAGAGAGUUCCCAGACCGAAUAGUUGGUUUCCCGUCUCGUGUUCAUCUGUGGGACAACACCACUUCCCUCUGGAAGUACGAGUCGGAGUGGACAAACGACAUUUCCAUGGUGCUUACUGGUGCAGCAUUUUACCACAAGCACUACAGCCACGAGUACUUCGACCGGCUCCCUGCUGACAUCCGGCGCUGGGUCGACGACCGGAUGAACUGCGAGGACAUUGCCAUGAACUUUCUCGUCGCGAACAUCACGGGCAAGGCUCCGAUCAAGGUCGCCCCCCGCAAGAAGUUCAAGUGCCCCGAAUGUGCCAGGCUCGACAACCUCUCCAAUGACCUUCAGCACAUGGCAGCCCGAUCAGAGUGCGUAAACAUCUUCACAAAGGCCUUUGGCGGGAUGCCGUUGAAGACUGUAGAGUUUAGGGCUGAUCCCGUGCUCUUCAAAGACAACUUUCCCGAGAAGCUGAAAAGGUUCUCCAACUUAGGCAGCCUAUAAGGCAGUGUGUGAUGCCACUCUUGCAAAAGUUUGUUUGGACCGUCUGUAGAGUGCCAGUUGACCCAUUUCAGUGGAGUCUAUCGAAUUUAGGGCCGAUUCUGUGCUCUUCGAAGACAAUUUUUUGAGAAGCAGUCUACAGCGAGACCUUAUCGUAACGAAGUCGUACGAAAAUGCCUUUGUUAUACCAGGUAUUAUAUCAGAUUACAUCCUGAUAUUGGCUAGUCACAGUUCAGAUAUACUUUGUUAUAUACAAUAAGUCGUUUUAUCCUUGUUCGUUAUAUCGAGGUUCAGCUGUAUAGGGCAGUGUUUAAUGCCACUUCCUUACAAAAACGUUUGGACAGUCUGUAGAAAACUGAGACAUUUUUCUGCGAAGUCUAUGGGCUGUCUAUACAUAAUAGCCUAUCUACUUCUGGCCUUGUAGUAUUUUUCUGAAUAUUGUCAAUUGACUUCCUAAAAACAACACAUCCGGAACUCUACGGACUGUUAGCAGGUCAAAGGAAACGGACCUUGUGAAAACAUUUAUCUGUAGAAACAUUAUAGAUAUUGCACAUAGGAAAGUGCGACAAGUGCAUAGGGAGGCAGGACAGUCUGCAAAAAACUGGCAGCGUGUACAUAUAGCCCUUACAAUAAACAAAUAGAAUGCUUGCCCAGAGGUGCGUCAAACAUGAAAGCGUAGCCAGACAAUCUAUGGUCUUCAUUACAGAUAAUCUAGCUCUUUAUCCCUUUACGACUAUGAUAGUUGUCUGGCAAUGGUGACACGCCUAUAGGUAGUCUAUAGACUGUCUAAACUCACUUCUGUAAGAGUUGGCUUGUGAUGAGAGGAAAAAGGUAUGCUGUGACUGAACUCACCCUCCCGGAGACUGCCGGUUAUGGACCAGCACACCGCAGGUCCGUGAAGUACCACUGCACGGGACAUCGGACAUCAUGAGCUACCAUCUGUCACAAGAUCCACAAAUGCGGCGACUUAGGGCUGUUGUGCCAUGCAGUGCGCCCACGAGAUGCAACGGUUCACCCCAGAAAUUGGUCUUCCCCUUGUGGCACGCAUUUCUCGUGCAAAUUCACAGAGCAUUAUAACGUACCAACACAGCAGAAGGAUUCCAACCGAUGAAAGGAGUUCCACAAAAAGGAAAAUUUGCCCUUGUGUUAUAGCAGACUACUUCGAGGAAAAGUUAGCUUGCUUAAAAUUAAAGAGCAAACUUUGCAGUCGAGGUAGAAUUCGCCUGCGUGUGUGUGUGAGAAGUUGAUGUGUUUCGAGUGUUCGGUUCUGAGGCAUAGGUGAUGUCAAAACUUUGCGGAGCAGUCUCUGGCUCCAACACAUAAUGCAAAGCUGUGGCUUGUAAAGUGAAAGGCUACGGGAGAGCUUGUUAAACUGCCUACAUCACGAUGUAGCGCUUCCGGAUGGACAGCUAUUGUCGGUCAAAAUUAAUGUGUGCAAGAGCACAGCAGGAAGCGAGAAAUCCAGCUCUAGUUCUUCGAAGAGCAAAUUUCGUAGUUGAAGUGAGGUUUGUCUGGGAAUCGAACAUAGCUUACACUCUUUCAAGUCAGUGUUUAAUUUGGUCUCGCACUGUAAACUGUUUGGACACCUAGCUAGUUCAGAUGGUGAAGCAGCCUACCCAGUCUGGCUGUGAUCUCGAGCUUGGUGGCUAGACCGGUGCACAUUUUUCCUCACCUGCAAAGUUUGUUUGCUGGUUAAGGAAGUGAAUUGCAUUCAGCAGCACUUGGUUCUCAAUUCGAGAAAAACGUAGCUCAAAACAGGCAGAGGCAUGAAAGAUGACUAGUUUUAUUGCGCAGCCCGCAACUAGUUUAUUUCGAAGUACAAGGCAAUAUGUAGCAGCAGGACAAGAAUGCACUUGCCUAAUGGUAGCCUGUUAUCCAACAACGUCAUGAUUCGUCGGCAAAAAUAUUAACUUCGUGAGAGAGUAGCAAUGCAGGCAACUCCUUGUCUCGUUAUGUGACAUGCUUCGAGCAACCUGUGGGCUGUCAUAUCUUUGCUUCUACGCAGUAUUUUUAUCUCAUGUAGUCCUGGCUCACACGCACAUGCAUGUGCUGCCAGAUAGGCGCCAUCGUUGUUUUUAAGAGAUAAUUGGUGCUCCUAUGCAUGGUCUGUCUUGAGACAGGACAUGUGUCUGCCUCUUUGAAGCUACGUUUUUCUGUAAUUGGGGCUUUCCUUUUCAGCAACCUGCUAUAGUGAAAUGGUAGGCGAGCUUUCCUACAAUGCGUGGCAUCACAUGGCACACUGCCCAAAACAUUACGCUUCGUGGUGCGUGGAACAGAUGGCAUUAACUGUACGGUGUCAUCUGUUGCAGUGUGUAAGACUGUAGGAAUUCCAUCCCUGACUGCAGUGGACAGCUGUAAAAUCUUGAAAGCAAUCGUAGUUAAAUGUGUCAUUCCUGUGAUAACCGCCCGACACUAGUUAUCACUUUUAGCUUUGUCGAUUGUGCGCACGUGUAUCAUACAUUGAUUUUGUUCUGCGAUUUGCUAAGGCACUUCUCUUAGAACAGCAGUGGUCUUAAACGGUGAACAAGGCUUGGGGCAGUGAGUUGAACUCACUGGGCCAGUUCUAGCCUUCUUUUAUGUAGACAUUGAGUGGAAAGAAAAAGAAAUGUUCUGCGGCUUGCGCAUGUUGGACGAAUGAAAACUCCUGGCUUUAGAAGGCCAUAAGUGAAGAGGCAUUAGCCGCCCCAGUGAGAAAACCGGAAAAGCAGCGAUUUCUUUUGUCGACUUGGCAGCUUUAUCAUUAAGUGAAAAUGGCACUGUGUUCGUGGUUCAUGAGUUUUGUGUGGGGUUCUGCGAGCUUGAAGUGGACAGUAUACUUAAAAACCUUUUGUGGGUUCUUGAGCGUCAUUUGUUAGCUAUGACAGUUCAUUCACUGCACUUUACUUAUCUUGCCUAACAGCGAAAUACCACUUGAAUAAAUAAUGAAAUGAUGCAGGAGUGAAAACAUUUUUUAAGCUUCGUUGAAUACGUGACAUUUGUUUGAGUGUUUCAUCCAGCUGAAUCCGGCGUAGGUUUGAUGUAAUGAGUCUGAUGACAUUUUAGCAGGAGAUGUGGAAAUGGAUGUUUGGUCAUAGUUUGCCAGCAUGCAUUUUAAAACAGUAUUGCAGUAUUCAUUGUACGGCUCAGUAGAAGAAAAGCGAUUCAUUUGACCAUCAAUUCAGCUUUCCUUGACUUUUAAGGGCUUUUGCUUGCCAUUGGUGUCGGUAGUAAGCGUUUGUUUGUAACUGGCACUUUGUGUAGUCUUUACGAUUUCAUUAUCAGCUUACUAUUUGCUGCACUUAUAGCCACUACUUACUGCAUCGACACUGUCCGCUGAAUCAGGAAGUGUGUAGUGUUAUCUCUGCACAGGAAUUCAUGUGAUUCCGACAGUUCAGUACAUUUUUGUGACGCAUCUGCUGCGUCCAUAGGGCGCCUUGCCAAACGAAAAAUGUCAUUUUAAAGCUUUAACUUUUGUGCCGUUCAAGUCGUUGGCAGCAGAGUGAUUAUCAUACUAAGACUGCAUGCCCAGCAACUUGUCAACGUUGUGGAUGAGAAAAAAAGUUGUGCAGGUCAUUUUUGGCAGCUUUUGGUCGUGUUGCUGACCUGCUUUUGUAAUACUUUGGUAAGCCUUGCAUAUCUUAGCCUUUAGUUACUUUUUAUGCAACAAAUUGUCUUCAGGGGUGUUUAUUUUGCAUUUGAAGAGAUGUGCCCUAUAGCCACCCUUGCGAGCUUACUGCACAGCUACUCUACGGUUACUCUUGAUUAGUUCUCUCCCUCAAUCUUUUCGAGACUCUGAGACUUUACUGUAAUGUUCAGUUAUAUGCCUGCUUUUUUUGUUGUUGUAUUUGGUGCUUAUCCCUGCCUUGUUUGGUUACUGCUGAAUGGAAAUGCAGCGUUUCUUCCUUAAAUGUUGAUGAUUACAAUUAGUGUAGACAAGGCAGGCAGGUAGUAUUAUGUUGACUUUCAUAAGAAAGACUAUAAGAUGUGAUGUGCUAACACACAAAUAUACAAGUGUUGUAGGUGAACUGCCUGGUUAAAAGUGGUCCAUGUCUCAUCUUUAAACUGCAUACUCAUUCUAUUACUAAUGCUAAUCAUUCUUGGCUUAAUAUCUUUAUUGUGCUUAGAGAUAUAGUUUGUUAUUUCUAUCUGAUCUCUACAAUUCGCUUUCUUUUUCAACCAUGCAACUCGCAGAAAUGCUCAUUAACUUCAUAAGUGUGUAUGUUGGUUAGGCGUACGAGACACGUACAUCACAAAUCCCAGCUGCGAGAGUCAAUUAGUCGUGGCCAUCUUGUGACAACAUAUCAUGAUGGAGCAAAUGAGUUAUUUUUUUCUAAGAUGAGCUAAUGAGGUACCAUAGUAAGUGUAACAGACAUAAGGUAAUCUUCAGUUUUACACUGAAACACAUAUCUUUGAUCAAAUGAUAAUUUUCUAACGUGAACAAAUGCAACUUUUUCCUUUUUUUUUCUAAAGCACGGUGAAGUUGUGGGUUACCUGUAAACUUAAGCUUACUUAUGCUUAUGCUACUGAUCAGUGUGCCAUUCAUUAUGUGUGUUCAAAAGAAAGCAUUCCAUAACAUUUUGAGAACACAGUGAUGAUGAACUUCUAUGCUGUUCUAUCUUAUCUCAAACAACCUUGAUUACUGUCUUAAACAUUGUCAUUCUUGAAGACACUUUGUUUUGUCUGCAAUGAAAAACCUCUGAAAACUCGCCAAGUAUGUUUUCUUUACAGCUUUCCGUGCCUGUAACACAUUUUGUGUUCUAGAAUAUAGUGAGCACUAUCAGAACAUUGUUUUCUACACCUAAUUAAUAAUUUUGGAUGUGAAGCUCACUAGAGUCAAGCAACUGUCAUUUGUUCUCCCAUGAAAGGGGCACUAAAGGGAAACAUUGAGUCGAGCUAGAUUGAAAUCAACUUAGGCUUCCAUAAGAAUAAAUUCAUCAUUUGUAGCGAGAACAGAGCUUCUGUAAGCGAGAAAAUGACAAAAAUAUAAAAUUAGAGUGGUGCCACCUAUUUUGGACUCUGGUAUUUCUCAUGUGAUGUCAGCAACAAAGUCUACGUUGGCAACAAAAUCACAUAUAUCGGUACACAAUCAUACACUGUUAUAACACUCAACAGUCAUAUAUUGUUACACAGAAAACAAUGACAGACUUCUAGACAAAUAAUCUCUUGUUCCAGCUCGACUUAAUAGUUUCCUUUCGUGUCUCUUUAGCUAGUGUACUGUCAACCUUUUAGCAACGUCUUUACAUGAAGAUGGAAUGUGCAAUACAUACUUAAGAAAGUGUUGACUGAAUGUUGCAGGCAUUUCUUGAAGUGAACACAUUUUCAGCUCUACACUUAUGUUCCUUUCUUCGUGCAUUCCAUAUUGUGGAACAAAUUUUUCCUCCUGUACCUUGCAUUUUUAUUCCUAGUAAUACAUUUUUAUAGAUCUGUUAUAAAGCUACUCAAUUUCACUGCUUGUUGGUUGGCUUGUUUGUGAAGUAGAUAUUUUCUGUAUCAUAUAAGUUGAACCAUGUUAUAUACAGCACAAGGGACACCUUCAUUUAUCCAGCAUUCGUUAUAAGCUUACAUGCUGUUAAAUUAGCAAAAAAAAAGGCGCAAUUGGGUCUAUGCGCAACAAAACAUAGUCAUGAUGCCUGUGACAGGCCAAUCUUGAUGGCCCGUUAGUUUGCUGUAUUGAUACAUGGAAUAUGAGCAAUGAUAAAUUACAAACCGCCUGUGCAUGGUAAUUAAGCAACCGUGCAAUUACCACACGUGAUCGGCACUUUGGCUUGCUGUCCGCGGGCCAGCCAAGCCAAGCCGCUGGUCAAGACGCGCAUGGGCGUCUUGAACAUUACGUUUUAAAUUGUGCUGAGUAUUUCACAUUUUUGCUACCAGAAUACGUGGCUUGAGCUGCAAGCGAACAAAUAUUUGCCUCGGUGUAACCAUUGUUGUUUCUGAUCACACAUUUUCGUUGUAGCAGUCAAAUACUCUUGGAUCUAUAGCAUGUUCAACUAAAUAUUAGAUCUGCUUUGUUAUUAAGGUGAUUCGUGCUGUCCGUGUUCAUUAUAACAAGGUUCGGUUGUAUCCUUUUUGUGUACUGCAUGUCAUCUUGUUACAAGUCGCUCAGACUUCACAUGCAUAUGAAUGACAACAAAACGAAGUUGCGAGUGUUAGCCUAGGUGUUGUUUUAGGAUACUUGCCCCACCAAUACAUAUCACUGGUGUUUAUCUAAUACUACUUCUCAACGCUGUGCAAUAUGGUUGUUGUAAAGAAUGGCAACAACAAAACGGUGCUGCCGGGAUUGUCAGCAGGCUUUGUGCAUAAAGCAACCAAAGAAAGUGCUAUGAAGUUGUUAACAUGUUCACGAAUAAAAACAGAGCAUUCUUUUUUUU